CCACUUUGACAGUACGCCUGCGCACACGCCGACCCCGCCUCCUUCCGUCUCUCAGCCGCGCAGACCAGAAUGGCGGCUCUUUUGGAAUCUCUGCUGUUACGGGAACUGGCCACGGAUACGGCUGUGCGCUGGUUGAAACACGUCCAGCAGGAGGACGAUAAGUUAUUCGGUGGACCUGAGCGGACUGUCCAGAAGCAAGAGUUUGUCCCUUUCCUCCUGAACUUCCUGAGAGAGCAGAGCAGCGAGGCUCUCGCUCAUGGCCCUGCCACGCCGGCCAAGACCCCCAGCCGCCCCAGACCCCCCGCACCGACUCCGGGCUUCUCGGACAAGGCGCCGGGCAGGUCUGCCGGGAGCGGGGCGACUGGCUCUCGCGGUGCCAGCCGCGUGCAGCUGUUCUCCCCGGCCUCGUCGCCUGGAGCGGAGUCGGACGCCGCCGGCCAGUCGGGUCUGAGUGGGGUCAGCGCCCUCAGCAGCCCGUCCUGUUCCGCGGCGUGGAGCCCGGCCUCUCGGCCGUCCGGAUCUGAGCGCAGGCACGGCCAGAGGGUCUGCCUGGGGGACUACUUGGUUUCUCCCCCCGAGCUGCAGCACAGCCCCAGCUUCCAGACGCACAAAGGGCGCAGGAGGAGCGGCGGCGGCGUCGGCACGCCGGUCGGGGGGCCGGCGAGGCAGGGAGGAGGGCGCGGGGGCCCUCACAGCGACGAGCCCGGCGGGAGGCGGUCAGCGAGGGGAGGGGGCCACGGCAGGAUAAGCGAGCUGGCUUCUCCUCCGUCUCCAGCUCAUCUCAAUUUCACAAGCUUGGAGGACUUCCCCCCCGUCGGCUCGUCGGCCGUUUCUCCCGGCACGUCCAAGCCGUCCAGAAGGAUAAACCCGACGCCGGUCAGCGCCGACCGGCCUCACUCCAAACCGAAGACGUGCUUCACAUCCACCCCGCUGCAGAAAGCCUCUGGCCCUCCGCCGGGGGCGGAGCCACUGGAGGGGCUGGCGGCGGUGGGCACUCCCAUGAGCCUCAAGGAGGAGAGGGAAUUACUCAGAAGAGAAAAGACAAAGCUUGCCCAGCAGGCCGCCUCGGUUCCCCCGUCCUCUCUGGAUCCCUGUACGCCUACCAAGACGGGAAUUAGGCCAGAGUCCAAAGUCAUACCAGAGCCUCAGACGUCGUGCCCUGAGCCAUCCAAAGUCACCUUCUCCUCAGAGCUGGACAUUUUGGCUGAGCUGUACUGUACCUGCAUUUCUGAAAAUCUUGUGCCGAACGUUUUCCUGGAGCUCUUCUUUGUGGUGCAGCUGUUAACGUCCCGGUCUCCUCAUACGCACAGCGACGAAGAGCAGUUGCGUUUGUGUUCAGGAAAGUCAGACGUCCUGGAAAGGUGCUACCUGAGGCAGGUGCACAACUGUGUCUACUUUGCAGUAAAGGUUUUGGAGAAUCAGUUUCAGUUGGUCGCUCAUUUGGACAAGUGCACUUUGCGUCUGCUGGCAGAGAACGAGCGGGUGGCCUCCUUCUCUCCAGACCUCAAAGAGCGCCUCACUCAGGCUCAGGACAGAAGCACAGCCAAGCUCUCUCCUUCGGUGUCCGCUUUCAUCCACUCAGUCCCGUUCCAGCCGGCUACCGACAACCGUUCCAACUUCGGGAGCGACAAGGCCUUCCACACCUUUAAGAAACAGAGAGAUGUUUUUUAUGAAGUGCUUCGAGAAUGGGAGGACCUUCAUAAGGAGCCAGGCUGGAACUUUGAUGCUGCCCUUGGACCUAAAAUCAGGGGAAUGAUGAGUCAGCUGACUUCUGCCGGAAACCACUCCCACUUUGCUCGUCUCUUCCUAAAGCAGCUUGUCCAGAUGUGCAAAGGCCCCCGGGCGAGCACGCCGUCGGUAGACGCGCCCGACGCCGACCUGCUGGGCAUGCUGGGAGCCGACAGCCUGGGUCGCCUCAAGCGCCUGGAGGAGCGUCUCAUUCAGCCGCACGGCGUGGCGGGCCCCUGUCCUCCGCCGUCGUUCCCUGGUCACCAGGAGUUCUUCAGGGACUUCAUCCAGACGGCCAGCUGCUGCCAGAUGAACCAGCACCUACAGGACAGCCUGUGUCAGCAGCUGCUCCAGCUGGACGAGGUGUCCAUCCUGAGUCCUCCUGCCUCCGUCGGCGAGGGAGAGGAGGAGGAGGAAGAGGAGCAGGGCGACGGCGACAUGGAGCAGCAGGAUGAGAAGCAGCGGUUCUCCUCAGUGCUGCUCCUAGCUCGUCUUCUGGCGAAGUUCCUGGGCUUCAUCUCCUUUCUCCCCUACCAGACGUCAGAGAAACCCCCCAAAGAAAUACAGGAAACAUCCGUAGCCCUACGCAGCAAGAGUGUCCAGGUGCUGGAUGUGUGCGCCGUGUUGAGCAACAGCGUGAGGAGGAGGCGCACCAUUCUGACCGUGCCCUGGCUGGUGGAGUUCCUCUCCAUGUUGGACUUCGUGGGCCCUCUGCUCCUCUGCUACCGGGUGGCUCUGGGUACGCUGCUCCUGCUCUACAGGAGGCUGCAGCUGAACCGACACGAAGAGAUGUGUUACCUGAACAAGCUGCUGCUGGUGUCUCUGCUGGGAUGGCUCUUUCAGAUCCCAGCGAUUCCUGAGAACCUUUUCUUCACCAGUGAGUUCACUGCGCUGGCCAAGGAGGAGAGCACUGCCCCGGCUUCUGCGGGACUUGACUGCAUUCCACUGGUGGAUCAGCAGCUUCUUUAUACAUGUUGUCCGUUUCUUGGCGAGUUUCGCAAGCUCCUGGCAGCUUUCGUGUCCGGCAGCACGGCCCGCAGCGGAGGAAUUAUCCGCAAGAUCACCCCCACUUCUGCCGAGCCCAAGGACGCGCCGGCCGGCAAGCGAUCGCAGCACAAACUGCAGGGGGACCUGGAGCAAGCCUUCUUCCACAACCAGCCUCCGUCGCUGCGCCGCACGGUGGAGUUCGUGGCUGAGAGGAUCGGAUCCAACGCUGUCAAGCAUAUAAAGGCGACAUUAGUGCAAGAGUUGGUGGAGAGAGGGGAGAAGAUGCUACGAGACGGGCUGCAGUCGCCAAACUCAAAUCCUUCGAAGCUGAACGACUCCAUAUGCGCCCGGUUGUGUGACGCUGGCUUGGAGGCGCUCGCUAAAGCCACCAGAUUUUGCAAUGAAAAAAGCCCUGACGCCGUACGCAUUCUGCUCCCCGUUGAGACCACGCCGCCGGUCCUGACUACAUCCGAAAACAUCACCAAGCGCAUAGCUGCAGAGAAAGCGUGCAGCUGGCUCUCUGCCAACAUCACAGCGCUGAUCAGGCGGGAGUGGAAGAGCCGGUACGAUCGUGUGAUGAAGGCUCUUGGCAGUCCAGCGGCUCCAGACCCUGCGGACGCGGACGGUGCUGCGGUCGAACUGCUCCGGCAGGGGAAGAUGAAUACGCCCAAGAAGAAACAGGAGAGGCCGAUGUCCUGCCCUCCUCUUUGUAAACACAGCUCCCCCCUCCCCUCAGACGUCCUCAUUGAGAUUAAGGAGCUGCUGAGCAUGGCGGUGGGGCCCAGAACAGACGAGGAGCUGCCGACUGGCUCUCAGCUCAAAAUGCUGCUGCACCGAGUUAGAAGCACACUGGAGUGCAGAAAGUUCUUAACGGCCGUGUCGGAGCAGAUGCUCCAGAACUGUACGGUGCUGCUCGCCUGCAAGCUGGUGUCUGGAGAACUGCCCGUGCGUUUUUCGCCACGGUGCGGCGGGCCCGGCGGGGCUGCUGUGGAUCCCAGCGGCGGGUCAGAGCCUCCCGUGUCAGAAGUUCUGGAGCAGCUUGCUGAGCUGUGGGAGGCGGGCUGCUGCUCCUCUGCCUCGCUGCAUCAGCUCUUCACCCCGCUCACCGUAACUGCUGUCCUGAAGGCCAGCGCCACACAGAAGAAGAACUACCUGUUCCUGGUUAGAAAGCUGGUCGACAAAGAAAUAUUGCGCGAGGAGGAGGUCAUAUCGUACUGGAGGAAGCUAACAGACCUGUCCUUGCCCGUGGAGCUGAUUGAGAAUUUCCAGCUGCAGUCAGGGAGUAUUAAACUCCCUCUGCCUCUGGCGGAGAUGCAGACGUGCUUAGACAUGCUGCAGGUCUCGCAUCAGACAAUAGAGGGAGCAACCUGACAACAAUGCCGCCCAGUAUUCCACUAAAGCAACUCCCGUGCCUUACGCCACAUCUGUGCAUGUUUUCUGCAAGGAAGGGGAAUUUUAACUUGAGCAUUUUAAAGUUUCACCUUGUGACGUCGUACAAUUGUCUGCUCUUCACCUAAGAUUGAGGAAACGAAACAGAAAACAGAAAGCCCUGUCAGUAAUGAUGAACCGCAUUAUUUCUCAGCUAGAAUUUCCUGUGAGGAUCAGAGACUUUUCUACGUUGGGAAAUAACACUAGACCAAGAAUAGUGAUAGUGAACUAAUGUCAUUAUUUUAUCCCAGAAGGGCUUUUGCCAUUAAGGUGAUUUUUUUUUUUUUAAAGGAAAUCUUGAGUGAGACCAGAUCCAGCUAAAAAGUCGAAACGUUGCAGUUUUUUAAAUGUAGGAAGUGCAUUUUAAGAGGCAGUAGUUGAGCACUUUCACAUGUUGCCUUUGACCACGCACCUGGUGUUUAUGUGCUUAUUUCAUGAAUGCAUUGCCGCGUUUGUGAUAGCUAUUGUUCAUGUUGAACGGUGAUGUAUUCCAAGGAUCUUUUAACCGGAAUGAUUUAAUGUUGACACAGAAUGAAAAUAUUAAUAAAGAUUUAUUCCAAUG